AUGAAGUUCACCUUUGUGCUCGCCAGCCUGGUGGCGACCGUCUUCUGCCAGGACAACUUGGGGCUAAGCAACGGUUACAUCACCCUCACAACCGCAAACUUCAACCUCCAGCUCGUCCGCAACGCCCAAGUUCUCGCUUCCCUGAAACCCGCGGGCGACACCUUUGAUUUCCUCCCCUUCGACUACCUCUCUAAGCGUGCACGCAACGGCCAGUACCACUGGGGCGAUAUCACUUUCCGCUACCGCCAAUCCGGCGCCACAGCAUGGACCGACGGCAACUCCGCAUCGGCCCGGCAAACGGUCACGGCCCUCACCGCGGGGUCCGGGGUCCUCGCCUCCUCUCGUCUCGGCCCCACUCUGCCAACCGGGCCGCUGAACAUCACCCGCGAGUGGCUUGACGUCUCCGGCGACCUCGGCCUGCGCUUCACAAUACAGAACUCGGGCUCCUCCGCCGUCGAAAUAGGCAGCCUGGGCUUUCCGGCCGAGUUCAACUCCAUCUUCACAAACCGCCUCGCCACAGACAUGCAACGCCUGUGCUCCCUCUCAGACCCCUACAUCGGCAUGCACGCCGGCCAAAUUCGCGUUGCCCCGAUCCGCGGGACCGGCGCUGCCCUUGUCGUCACUCCGCUUGGAGACACGCCCCUGGAGGCGUACCGCAACCUCCCCGAGACGUACUACUCCGACACAGCCUACGGCAGCCAGACGUUUGAAGGCUUCUACGAGUGGCAGACCCUCACCAAAGCCUGGGCUGAGAAUGAAUGGCGCGCACAAACACCCUGGAACACACCCUCUUCAAAGACUCUUCAGCCCGGUCAGUCUCUCCAGUUCGGCGUCCGCUUCUCCGUCGCAAAGUCUGGCGUGCGCGGACUCGACGCCGCGGUUCGGGGCACCAAUACUCCCACCGCCGUCGGCGUGCCUGGCUACAUCAUUCCCCGCGGCGAGCCAGCUCAACUCUUCCUGCAAUCCCAAACCGCCGUCAAGUCCCUCGUCUCAGAACCCGCCGGCGCACUUACCGUGACUCUUGUCUCAUCUGGUAAAUACACCGUCACCCCCUCCGCCUCCGCCUGGGGCCGUGUCCGCCUGACCAUAACCUACGCCGACAACAAGAUCCAAACCGUCCAUUACUACGUCACCAAGCCCUCCACCGAAGCCGUCGCAAGCCUCGGCCGCUUCCUCACGACCUCGCAAUGGUUCAACGACACAUCCGACCCCUUCGGCCGCUCGUCCUCCGUCAUGACGUACGACUACGAGACAAAGUCCAUCGUGACGCAAGACUCGCGCGCCUGGGUCGCCGGGCUCAGUGACGAAGCCGGCGCGGGCUCGUACCUCUCCGCGUUCAUGAAGCAAGCCAUCCAGCCGGCCGCAGACGAGGUGACCAAGCUUGAGCAGUUCGUUGACAACGUGCUUUGGAAGACGAUCCAGACGACCGACUUUGGCGUCCGCAAGAGCAUUUUCUUCUACGAGCCCGCGGCUGUGCCGAAUUACAGGUACAGCACAAGCAUCGACUGGACUUCGUGGACGUCGUGGAACAAGGCGGCUGCGUAUGCUAUUGAUCGAGCGUAUAACUAUGUGCACGUCGCCGGCGCGUAUUGGUCCCUGUACCGAGUCGCGCGGGCGUACCCGGCGCUGGUGAAGAGCCAUACGUGGGAUUGGUAUCUGAACCAGGCGUACAGCACGGUCAUCAGGGGUAUGAGGAACGAUGUUGGGUACAACCGCGUUGGGCUGAUGGGGGAGACGGUGUUUGGGGAGAUUUUGACGGAUUUGAUCCGCGAGGGGCAAACCACGAAAGCGAAUACUCUGUCGACGAGCAUGCGGUCGAGGGCGGCGCAGUGGGAUACAGAAGAGGUGCCGUUUGGAAGCGAGAUGGCUUGGGAUUCGACUGGUCAGGAGGGGGUUUACUACUGGGCCAAAUACUUUGGUUUCACGAACACCGCUACGAAGUCAGUCAACAGUGUGCUGGGUUUCAUGCAGACCCUUCCUCACUGGGGCUGGAAUGGAAAUGCCCGUCGAUACUGGGACAACAUCUACGGCGGCAAACUCCGGCGCAUCGAGCGCCAAAUCCACCACUACGGCUCCGCCCUCAACGCCCUCCCCCUCCUCUCCGCCUUCCGCUCCGCCCCGACCGACACCUACCUCCUGCGCACCGGCUACGCCGGCACCACCGGCCCGCUCUCCAACAUCAACGCCGACGGCUUCGCCGCCGCCUCCUUCCACUCCUGGCCCGACACCCUCAAGUGGGACGGCAUCAGCGGCGACUACGGCCCGGGCUUCCUCGGCCUCGCCCUCGGCUCCGGCACCUACGUCGUCCAGGACGCCGAGCUCGGCCUCGUCGCGUUCGGCGGGACGCUGACGUCCUCUGGGAGCAGUGUCAGCGUCGUGACGAAGGAUGCGGUUAGGCGGAAGGUGUUUAUUGGCCCGUUGGGGGUGUUGGUCAGCGUGGAUGCGGGGAUUAUCAGGGAGGUCAAGUAUGUGGCGGCGUCGAAGACGGUGGACGUCACGCUGGCCCAGCUGGAUGGCGUGCCUAAAGCGGCGAAUGCGGUUAUUUGGGUUGAGGGUGGUGGGAGCUGGAAAGUCACCGGCUCGGGCGUCACGCAGGCGAGAGGGGGCUGGCAGGUUGCGCUCUCGGGGGACAGUGUUGUCGUCCAAGUUCUCCCUGCUUAA